CUUUAGACUUCAAGGCUAGACAUCGCAGGUUCACAGUACUGCUUCAUCCACACUGCAAUGACAACAAUAUAACGCCUAAAUUCUUCCCACGGACUACUAAUCAUUCAUCCAGAGUGUUUCCCUCCCAAUUGCUAUUUCUGCCCCCUAUCAGAAUCGUGUUGCCACUGGAAAGUACUCAUGUUGAAAUAAAUACUCUUUGGUUCAGUGCUAUUGUUUGCGCCUACCCACUCAACCCUCUCCCAUAAUACGGGCGUGAUAAGAGUAUCACAAUGGGAAUUAAUGGUCAGGUUCAUGGGGAUACACUCGGUGAAUUUGUACUGACGCUUCCCAGGGCUGCUUCCACUACUUAAGUCCAUUCAGAAGCCAUGCAGUCUCAAAAAGUUCGAGGGCAAGACCCUCGGGGUAGACGCAUACGGAUGGCUUCAUCGAGGGACCGUAGGGUGUGCCAUGGAAUUGGCAAAGGGUCAACCGACAAGAAAGUUAGUGAAGCAAUGUUGGACCCCAGCAGCAAUGUACUGACGCUGUCGAUGCAGAUUUGUCGACUUUGCCAUGCACCGAGUCCGUAUGCUCCAACAUUUUGGAGUGAUACCAUAUUUAGUAUUUGACGGCGAUUACCUUCCCAGCAAAGCCGUAACAGAAGCAGACAGGGCAAAGCGACGAGAAGAUAGCAAAAAGGCUGGCUUUGAAUUGAUGAAGGCUGGGAAGCCUUCACAAGCGUAUCUCGAAUUUCAGAAAUCCAUUGAUGUGACCCCCGAAAUGGCACGACAAUUGAUUGAUGAACUCAAGGCAAACCAAGUACAGUACGUGGUAGCUCCAUACGAAGCGGACGCCCAGAUGGUCUACUUGGAAAGGAAGGGUAUCAUUCACGGAAUUCUCUCAGAAGAUUCUGAUCUCCUUGUCUUUGGCGCUAAAUGUCUCUUGACAAAGCUGGACCAAUAUGGAAACUGUAUUGAAAUCAACAAGGCAGACUUCUGUGCUUGCAAAGAGAUUACCUUGACUGGCUGGUCUGAUAAAGAGUUCCGUCAAAUGGCCAUCUUGAGUGGGUGCGACUAUCUUGCAAGUAUUGGCGGCAUGGGUCUGAAGACAGCCUAUCGGAUGGUCAGGAAGCACAAGACGGUGGAGAAGGUCCUGCGAAUGCUGCAGUUUGACGGCAAGUUUCACGUGCCCAAGGGCUACCAGGACGCGUUUUAUCAAGCUGAACUCACCUUCCUCCACCAAAGGGUCUUCUGUCCGAUUGCCCAAGCUCUCGUCCUCCACACACAACCAGAGCAACCGAUUGACGACUCCAAAAUGCUCUGGAUUGGACGCUACGUGGAGGCUCCGAUUGCUCAAGGAGUCGCAAAGGGAGAUCUCCAUCCGAUGACCAAGGAAAACAUUGUCCCCAAGGUUGAUAUGGUGAAGCAGAAAUCCACCAACAUGGCCAAGGUCACCCCUCUGGCUUCUCGCACUCCACAGCAAAUAUUGGCAGCAUCAGGCAGUCUCAAGAAGGGGACUGGGAAGCCUAUCAGCGAUUUCUUUCCUCGUCGCCGACCUUUGGCUGAAUUGGAUCCCAAUUGCUUGAGAACUCCAAAUUCAACCCAUCCUGACCUUCCAGCUGUUUCUCUCCCAAGAGUGUACCUUCGUCCGCAACCUUCACCAAGCGUCUCUCAUUCAGCCCCAGCCAGAGUGCCCACUAGACAAACUUUCUCAAUUUAUACUUCAACAACCAACCAAGAACCUGGUCCCCAAAAGCGAAGCCGACUUUGCGCAGACAUCGAAAGUGGAGGUUCGCCCAGCAAAAAGGCCAAUCUCUCACGCAGUCGCUUCUUUGCCUCUGAAGCAAGCCCGACCCUUGGCAGAUCUGCAAAAGACAAGCGAGCGCGAAAGGCAAAUGUUGACAUCUUCUCUGAUGAUUCCAUUGAAGAAGCUAUGCUUGGCCUUCCAGAUGUUGAUAGCUUUGAAAGUGAGCUCAAUACCGCCAAGAAAGUCAUCGUUUUCCAAGGAGAGGGCCUCAUGACAGAGAAGCAAACCAGCGCCUCAGGCGGAGGAAUUUCACAAUCACAAGACUCCGUCCCUGGACUUACGACCUCCGAUUCCUUCACUAGCUCUGCAGAGGCACCAUCUACCCCCACAAGUCAAGACAAUGACAUCUUUGGGUCAGCUCAGAGUAUCAAAGACAAUUUCACAUUCAGAACGACUCUAAAGCCAAAUGCCAGUGUUCAAUCUACCGCAAGCUCCUUGUCUUCUAUCUCAUCCAAAUCUUCGAAGAUCCCUCUCGCCGUCAAGCCUAAGGUCGUUAUGUCAAAGGCACCAAUGCACGCCAAGAGAGCAAACACUACACCCCUUCAACGCAUUGGAGCGUCUGCAGCAAAUAAAACCAAGCUACUCCAAAUGACACCGCCAGAGACUCCUGUAUAUCAAAUCAAGAACAGCAAGCCACAACGUCGUUCUCUACUUGGCCUAGGUGGUGUUCCGUUUCCAGAAGUUGCACCUGUUGCCACCCCUGCUACAACUCCCUCUUGUGCAACCGAUAAAACAGGUAUCGCGAACCCGCUAUUACAAACUGGCAGUGAGGACCUCAUCAUUCCUGACAGUGAAGACGACGAACCAUUGUCACCUACCAAUGCUGCAAAUGACGAGAAUAUUUCAACCACCCACCUCAAUCUUAAUAGAUUCGUGUACAACAGCUGAUACAAAUGGGAGGAAUGAAUGACUUAAUGAUAAUUUUGCGAUUAUGAGCAACAAGGGUGUUGCACGGAAGCGUAUUUUUUGUUAACACAAAUUUGGGGCAGUUUUCAUUGCUUUUGUGGAGUUUUCCCAUGCGGGGAGUAGAAAAGCAUCUUGAUGGCAUUGGAGGAGUUUUCAACAUGGAUACGUGGACGAAUUGUCAUUUUGACUGAUGCUUGGAGUUUGGCCGGUGGACAUGCAUACAUGGUUGACAAGAUUACACAACCCAUGGUGGAGUUUGUUUUUUCCUCAUUUUUUCCUUUUUCCUUUUCUCUUUCUCUUCCUUUCUGCACAGAAAAGAGCAGACAUGAGGGGUUUCACAUUUUUGUCCUUGUUGUUGAUUUUGGCAACUUGAUUUCUUGCUUUGGCUUCAGAGAGACACUCAGGAGAUUAGUACAUCUUAGAGAGAGUCGUGGAGAACUGGUGUUUGCAGAGGGGAGAGGGUGUCUUGGAGCCUAAAGUGAAGUUUUGACCGAUGAAAGGGAGGGCCUUUGAGAGAAAUCUUCUGUUUGUAAAAGAUUCAAGUCAGUGAAUUUAAUAUUGAUACUACUAAA